AUGCCGCCACCAAGGAUAUCACAAAGCCUGCUGGCUCAAUUCGGGAGACUGAACAUCUCCGCAUCACGGCCAACACUCCUCCAGCAGACAUGCCUCUCCAAACCCCAACCCUCCGCCAUUAAUACCCCCCGCCUCUUCUCCACAACCCGUCCCACUCUCAACUACCUCGCCCCCAAAGCCGGCGAAUCACGCAAAUCACGAAAAGGGCGCUGCCGCGUCCCCACCGGCGGCAGCAUGCGCGGCACAACCGUCGUCUGGGGCGACUACGGCCUGCGCAUGCGCGACCACGACCGACGCAUCUCCGCCCAACAACUCCGCAUCGCCGAAGAAACCAUCCGCAAGCGCUUGCGCGGCAUGAAAUUCCGGCUCUACAUGCGCAUCGCCGCCAACAUCGGCGUGUACACCUCCGGCAACGACGUGCGCAUGGGCAAAGGAAAAGGUAGUUUCGACCGCUGGACUGCGAGGGUGGCGGUGAGCAAGAUCAUCUUUGAGAUUCAGGGGGAUUUGCAUGAGCAGGUUGUUAAGGAUGCGUUUAGGCUGGCGGGGAAUAAGUUGCCGGGGUUGUAUGAGUUUGUGAGGAAGGGGGAUGCGCCCGUUAUGGGGAUCACGAAGGUGGGGUUGAAUGGGGUUACGGAGGAGGAUUUGAAGAGGCCGAGGAGGAAGGAGCCGCUUGAGCAGACGGCUGGGAGGAUACCUGAUGCGAGUUCGUCUGCGCCGGCGAAUGGGCCGAGGGUGGAGAUGUAG